GGGGCGGUCCUGCCCCAGUGAGAGCGCGGCGUGGGCACGGAGCGCAGGGCACGGGCUGCGGGAGCAUCGCGGGCCGCUCCAGGGCAGCCGCAGCCGCCCCGUGCCCCUCACCAGGGACUUCUGCCGGGUUUCGCGGGCGGCAGGACCCCGCCGGAGCCGGAUGGACAUGGACUCGGCCUCGGAGCGGCUCAAUGGCAGAGGUCCCUACACGAGACCCAAAUCCUCCAGGUCAUCAGAGUCCUUCAAGCGGGUUGGGAUCCUCGUCCUGGCCGUGGUGCUCACCCUGGCCUGCCUGGUCGCCAUCGGGUUCCUGGUGAAGAUUUACCUGGACCACCACUACCUGUUCUGCAAGCAGCCCCUGAAGCUGGUGCUGCUGAAGCAGGUGUGUGACGGGCAUGUGGACUGUCUGCAGGGCGAGGACGAGGCCAACUGUCCCCAGUGGGUCCCCGAGGGGCCACCAGCCGGGGCCCGCGUUUCCAAAGACAGAUCCAUCCUGCAGGUGCUCCAGAGCCACACGGGGACCUGGUCCUGUGUGUGCCACGACCGCUUCACCCCGGCGCUGGCCAGAGCUGCCUGUGAGCAGAUGGGCUACAGCAGCACCCCAACUUUCCAGGGCGUGGAGGUGAGCGCGGGGCAGCCUCUGCCUCCCCGCGAGGUCGUGCUGAGCAACGGGAGCCUCCAGGUGCUUGAGCCAGGCAGGAAAUGCCUCUCGGGGUUGGUUGUGUCACUCUUUUGUUCCAACUGCGGGCAGAGCGUGCGGACCCCGCGGGUGCUGGGGGGCAGCCCGGCCGCCAUCGAGGCGUGGCCCUGGCAGGUCAGCCUGCAGUACAGGAAGGAGCACAUCUGCGGGGGCAGCAUCAUCGGGCCCGGCUGGGUGCUGACGGCCGCGCACUGCUUCAAGAACAACCCCAUCAUCCAGAGCUGGCGUGUGAAGGCCGGCUCCGACCUGCUGUCGGGCGCUGCCACCAUCGCCGUGGAGAAAGUGUUCCUGGCGGAGGUGACACCCGCGUCCCCCAAGGACAAUGACAUCGCCCUGGUGAAGCUGAGCUCCCCCGUGCACUUCUCAGACAGCACCAAGCCCAUCUGCCUGCCCUACUUCGAUGAGGAGCUGGUGCCGGGCACCCCCCUGUGGGUGAUCGGCUGGGGCUACACGGAGGAGCACGGGAAGCUGUCGGAGCGCCUGCAGCAGGCCGAGGUGGAGCUCAUCGACGGGCGGAGCUGUAACCUGGCCGCCUACCACGGCGAUGUCACCGACAGGAUGCUGUGUGCCGGCCUGCCCCAGGGCGGCGUGGACACCUGCCAGGGGGACAGCGGCGGGCCCCUCCUGUACUCGGGAGGGCACUGGCAGGUCGUGGGCAUCGUCAGCUGGGGCCAGGGCUGCGGCACCCCCAGCACACCCGGCGUCUACACCAGCGUCCGCGCCUACCUGGACUGGAUCUACGCCGUGCGCAGGUCAGAGCUCUGAGACCUGCCGGAACAGGUCGCUCCUCGCCCCGAGCCUCCCUUCCCAUCCCUCUGCCCUUGCUCUGGCAGCAACAGGGCCGUGGAUCCCCAGCCACGGAAGGUGAGCAGAGGCUCCCAAAGCCUCGCUGGCAGCUGUGAUUUAGGGUGCCAGAGCCCAGCCAAGGAGGCAAAGGGUGACUCGGAGUGGCAGCCCCUGAUCCCGUGGAAGGAAUCUCGCUGGCCCAAGCUCCCUUCCGGAGGAAGAUUAAUUUAUUGCCCUGUGCUGACCCCGCUGUGGCAGGAUGGCUCCUGGGGGGCCAAGCUGCUGUCAGCUCACUCCUGUUGUACAGAGAGAAAUGACGUUUGUGCUCUACAGCCUCCCCCUAUUCCCAUUAAAGGAAAGAAUUUGUUUUUUCA